AUGAAAAUAACAAAUACCUUUAAUAAUAAUUUUAUUUAAAAUUAUUUAUGCUUAAAUUUCUAAUCACAUUUAAACUCUUAUUAAGAUUAUUUAAUAGAAUUCUAAUAACAGUCUGAUUCUAAAGAAUAGGAGUAUUUCUCUGAUGGAGAAUCUGACUCUGAGUCUAAAACUUUUCUUAGUUAAUUUUAAGUUUAUUAAAAUUUGUAAAUGCCUAAACAACUGAGGAAGUCAUUAAGGCUUUUAAUGAAAAUGAUUCAUCAUUUGAAUAUAUUGAAUUUUGCUGCGUUUAAAUUGAUGAAUAUAGUUAUAAACAAAUAAAUUUAUCAAGAUUCUUAAUUAGAUGUAUUUAUUUAAGAUAAAAUAAUUCCUAAUUUCUAUAAAUUGAGUUCAGAAAAAUAUGUUACGAUUAUUUAAUUAUUUUUUUAAUUGUCAAAUAAAUCAUUUAGCAAUUAAAUAAAGAAAUAAAUUGAUUAGAAUUUGAAAAACUAUACAUACCUUUAAUUAAAAAUUUCCAAAUUUUCCUUUGAAUUAUAAAAGGCCUUUUAUUUUUCGAUAAUUUAUGAAUAUCUACAAUGUCUUAGAAUUUAGUUUACAUUUAUGUAAUUAUAAUUAAUGUAUUUAUAACAAUUAAAUUAAAAGUAAUAGUGA